GCCGGAGGCGGCGGGCGCCGGCGGCGGCCUCGCCAUGGUGGACUACAGCGUGUGGGACCACAUCGAGGUCUCGGACGAUGAGGACGAGCUUCACCCAAGAGUUAACGAUGCGUCUUUCCCGACGUGGUUUCCAUCCUGUCGCCUUCAGGCUCGAGUGGAGAGAAUGGAGCAAUUCCAGAAGGAAAAAGAAGAGCUGGAUAAAGGAUGCAGGGAAUGCAAACGGAAACUCGCCGAGUGCCAGAAAAAAAUGAAGGAACUGGAGGUGGCGGAUCCGGAAAGCGGGAAGGGGGAGCUGGAGAAGCUCCAGGCCGAAGCUCAGCAGCUGAAGAAUGAGGAGAAGAGCUGGGAAAACAAAUUGGAGGAGCUGAAAAAGAAGGAGAAGAACAUGCCCUGGAACGUGGACACCCUCAGCAAGGACGGCUUCAGCAAGAGCGUCUUCAACGUCAAACCGGAGGAGAAGGAGGAAACGGAGGAACAGAAAGAGAAAAAACACAAAACUUUCGUGGAGAGAUACGAGAAGCAGAUCAAACAUUUCGGGAUGCUGCGGCGCUGGGACGACAGCCAGAAAUAUCUCUCCGAUAACCCUCACCUCGUUUGUGAGGAGACGGCUAAUUACUUAGUCAUCUGGUGCAUCGAUCUGGAGGUGGAAGAGAAACACGCCCUGAUGGAGCAGGUAGCCCACCAGACCAUCGUCAUGCAGUUCAUCCUGGAGCUGGCCAAGAGCCUGAAGGUCGAUCCCAGGGCUUGUUUCAGGCAGUUUUUCACCAAAAUUAAGACGGCCGACCAGCAGUACAUGGAGGGCUUCAACGACGAGCUGGAAGCCUUCAAGGAACGGGUGCGAGGUCGAGCCAAGGUUCGCAUCGAGAAAGCGAUGAAGGAAUACGAGGAAGAGGAGCGACAGAAACGCCUGGGCCCCGGCGGGCUCGACCCCGUGGAGGUGUACGAGUCCUUGCCGCCCGAGCUGCAGAAAUGCUUUGACGUAAAAGACGUUCAGAUGUUGCAAGACACGAUCAGCAAAAUGGAUCCUACGGCCUGUGCUUGGAGCCCACGACGCCCGAGUGGAAGAAACCGCCACCGCGGAGGCCGAAAUCGGGGUGAAAUCGGGAAGGGUGCUGCGCCCGGCUUCGCCGGCUUCACCUGGUUUUUAGAAAUGAGGAAGCUGACGGAGCAGCCGCCACUUUCGGAUUUAUCUGCCAAGGGCGAAAAGCCCUGCCCCGCGGCGCGGCAAGCUCGCUGCGGGCUCGCUAAGCCGAGAGAGCGAGGGCACGUGAGAGUCCUGGCCCUGAGCGAGAGCUCCCUGCGGUGUUUAUCGUCGGCGGAGGAAGUCGAGCUGCGGCGGUGA